CGGUCAGGCAAGAUGAUCGCACGCAUGCCCCUUCUCUGGCUGCUGGUUCUCUGGAUUCAGGACUCCUCUGGGCAAAUUGUGAUGACUCAGUCCCCGGAAUCUCUGGCAGUGCCAGUGGGAGGGAGAGUCUCUAUCAACUGCAAAGCCAGUACGAGCGUUGGCAGUUACAUAAACUGGUACCAACAGAAACCUGGACAAGCUCCCAAACUUCUUAUCUAUGGCGCUAGCAACCUCCAGUCGGGAGUCCCAGCCCGGUUCAGCGGCAGUGGAUCUGGCACUGAUUUCACAUUCACAAUCAACAACGUAGAAGCUGAAGAUGCUGGAGAUUAUUACUGCCAGCAGAGUAGCAGCUUACCUCUCACAGUGAUACAGACCAGUACAAAAACCUCCCUGCUCUCUGCAGCUGGGCAGAUUGUCAUGACUCAGACACCAGAAUCUCUCUCAGUGUCUGUGGGAGAGACCGUCUCUAUCAAAUGCAAAGCCAGCACAAGCAUUAGCAACUACAUCGCUUGGUACCAACAGAAACCUGGACAGGCUCCCAAGCUUCUUAUCUAUUACGCCAGCAAUCGUCCCACGGGUAUCCCAGACCGGUUCAGUGGCAGUGGGUCGGGCACUGACUACACAUUCACAAUCAGCAGGGUUGAAGCUGAUGAUGCUGGAGUUUAUUACUGUCAGCAGUAUAACUUCCCUCUCACAGUGAUAGAGACCAGCACAAAAACCUCCCUGCUCUAUGAAGUGUGCAAUGUAAUAGACACUAGUACACCACAGUCAAGUAGCACCACAGUCAAGUUUUCCGAUGUUCUGCCAAAAGACAACUAG